AUUUCAUUGGAGGAUAGAGGAAGAGGGUGGCGCAUGCGCGUUAUGCCGACGCCAUCUCUGCAACUACUGUGCCUAUUAUGUACUUGUUCUAGAGUAAAGUGAAUGCUAAUUCGUGGUAAAAAGUGUGAAUAAAUCAUGGAAUUAUAUAGUCGCGAGUGAGAUCGAGUGUUCGUUCACAGUGAUUGAACAGGACAGUGUCAUCACGGAGACUUCGCCAACGGCGGGUCAUAUCUUGCGGAAGUUUCUUGGCUAUAGCAACGCAUAUUUUUUGCGGCUAUCUCUGCCGCGAGUCUCUACUCAGGACUUAUUUCAUGGGCCUCUCUCGAUUUAACAGCUAGUGCUUGUGUACGGCCGGGAGGCGAGUUUUAGACGCGUUUGAAAUGAAUUCUGCUUUAAAGCCGGUGCUGCCCCAGCCGGGAGUGCCGCAGCCGGGCGGGCAGGCGAGUCCCGCGAAGGGGAACGUGGCCACAGCGAACCACACCGUAGGACACCCGCAGGGCGCGCAGAACUCGCUGCACCACGCCAGCAACAACCUCGUCGGCCAGAACCUGACGCAUCACGCGCCCGUGCCUCCUAUCCCGCACGCGCCGCCCCCCAUGGCGCCGGUGUCUGCCAACAUGGCUCAGAUGGCACAGAACAUGAGUCACCAUGGCAACCUCUCGCACGUCACCCAGAACUCCGUCGUUGGUCCUUCCAAUCUAGCCGCCAGUCCCAGUAAAGGCGGGAACCCGAACACUCCUCUCAGCCUUGUCCAAGAGAAAGCUCUUGCUCUAACAAGAACCCCAGAAAAGAAUGAGGCAGACUCCACUGCUCAUGCAAAUGGCACUAUUGACUCUCCAAAGUCUGCAACAAAUGCACCUGUCACAUUAAAGCCUCAGAACCCUGAGCCUAAUAAAGAGAAGCAGGAUAUUGCCAAGACUUCACCAAGUACACCAAAACCUCCUGAAAAGCCCACUAGUGCACCAAGUACCCCUCAAAAAACUGAAGCAGCAACCCCUGCAACUACUGCUGAUGGUCCAGCUCAACCUAAGGUGGCCGCAGCUAAUGAACCUCCAGAGAAAUCACCGUCUAAGCCAACAGAGUUGAAGCCUGCUCCGGCUGCUGAUGUUGCACCUACACAGAGUGAUAGCAAGCCAGUGCCAGAGUCAGCUAAUGACAGCCAGUUACAAGAAAAAGCACCAACACCAGUGAAACAAGACCUUCCUCCAACUGAAAGUGCAAAAACUGAAAGUGUACCAGCCCCUGCACCAGCACCUGAACUGAAGCCUGACGAGAAACCAGAAGAGGCUAAAGCUGAACAAAAGCCACAACAAAAUGCAACCGAAGAAAAGAAAGAGGAAGUAGUAGCACCUAAACCAGAGAAAUCUGAAUCCCCUAAAAAGGAGGAAGCUGUUGAAAAACCAGCAGAGAAGGUUGAAGAGAAGGGUGAUGACAAGAAAGCUGAAGCUAAACCUGCUAAAGUGGAGUCUAAACCAAAAUCUACGAUGAAACUGGCAACUGUCACUCCUCCUAUGCGGAAAAGGAGGCAGGUUUCUCCAAGCAAGACCAGUGAAGGACCCAGUCCGGCUAAGAAGCCAGCUGAAGGUGACUCCACGCCUGACACAAGGAUCAAAAGGAACAGGACCAAGGUGCAGCUCUACCAGUCUCCAACCCCUGAGCUGGCGAUGGCGACCAAGUUGUCAGCGUCCGCCGGUCGCUCGACACCCACUAAGCCGAACGACGACAAACUUAUUGUUUUUUACAAGAACGAGUACUUAGCAGUGCGUAAUGCGGAGGGCGGGUUCUACGUGUGCCAAGCGAUGCAGAACGUGUACCGUACCACUCGGAAGAUCAAGAUCCGUUGGUUGUCGCAGGACAAGACUGCCGACCCUUCGGGCGAGACUUACAAACCUGACUUCUAUGAUGUCACAGACAUGGAGUGCGUGCUGACGACGCUGUCGCUGGUGCGCGGCGCGGGCGGCGCGCAGCUGCUGCGCGGGCCCGAGGCGGCGCGCGCGCGCUCCAUCCUCACGCGCGCGCUGCACGCCGAGGCGCACGGCCACGCCGCGCCGCUCACCGAGGAGCAUCCCGACGGACUGGACCUCUCGCUGUACAAGGACGAGUCACAACUGGAAAAGAAGUCUCGCAAACGCAACAGUUCAAAAUCAUCGCCGAGAGCCAAACAGGACAACUCUAAUAAUACAGAGGAAUCGGCGACGCCCGUGAAACGCGCGCGGACGAUGCCAAAGCGCAGUCCAAAAAGCGCUCGCAAAACAAAAGCACAGACAAAAACACAAACAAACAAUAAAAGAAAAUCGUCAGGUAGUACGCCCAUUGUGGCGAGCACAAGCAAGGUAGGCAUAGUACAACGGAUAUAUAGAAAUACUGCAACAGCAGUGAGUGACAAGGUUAAAGCGAAAAGCACUCCAAAACGGACGCCGGCCAAACAGAAAGUGGACACGCCGCUCCCCACGCCGACGCGCAAAGGAAGGAGGGCCGAAUUAAAAGCGUCGCCAAUAGUCCCGACGCCUUCGACCUCAACGGGCAAGACCACGCGCACGCCGAGAAAACCGCCCGCGAAGAAAUAAUACAUGUGCUACACAGUCGUAGGACAGUUCACUACUGAACGAACACUCUGACCAAGUACGUAUGUUAUGUACUUUUAAGUGUCUUAACGUUAAUGUUAGGUUCUCGGGCCGUUAUUCUAGGAUUCAAGGAGGAUUGGAUAAAGGCUGGUCUGUUUUUUUUUUGUUACGCUACACACAUUUUUUGGGUGGCGAAUCAAGAUAUAGAGAUAUAUUUGACCGUUUAUAUUGAAACGUCCCGUACAAGUAGCAUAGUUGCGGCUCUUUCAGUGUUAGUCUUAACGAUUUAUUAAUGUUGUAAAUGUCAAUUCCAUAAUAAAAUAAUGCCAAUAUAGUAAAGUUUUAACUUAAUUCUCUGCCCAACACUUGUAUGUAGCGAAGAUUAUAAGUUGUAUCUUUUAGUAGAUAUUUAUUAUGGGUCACCUUCUGUCUGCAUAAUCAUGGUUUAUUGUACUUUUAUAUUUUGAUGAAAUCUGGUAUGUUUACUAAAUAUUUGUCUUUUUAUUAUAAAAUGAAGUACAUUUAAUAAUAACAGAUAGCACAAUUUGUGUAUUUUUGCUUUCAAAUACAUUAUUCGAUAAGUUACUUGGUUAUAAGAAAAAAUGAAACGCAAUGUCUUGGGUUCGGUAAUGUGUUAUGGCAAGGCAACGAAUAUUUAAAUAUUUUACGUGGUCACACCGCGGCCGAGUCCGCCUUAUUUGGCGGGAGAAAAAUGGUGUUGAAUGUAUUUUACAAUUGACCGUUGUUGUGUAUGAGAACCCAGUUUAUGUUGCCAUGUUGGGUUAAUUAUAUCUAAUUAUAUUUUAUAUAAAAUCUAUCUGAUGUGUGAACAGUAACGUGAAGCAAUAAUGAACUUUCGUGCGACCUUACACUACAUGAAAACAAACUCGGGGCGUAACGUAUAAAUUGAAUUUAAGAUAAAUAACAAAAGUUUCCAAUGUUUUGCGAAACUAUAUUGAGAGAUUAGAUAUAGAAUAAUGUUCUACCUCGGCAGUCGCGAUAUUUAGGACGAUUUAAUAAAUAAAUGAUUUUUUAUAUUAAUUCAAAUUUUAGAGGAAUUAUAAGAGUUAGUCGUGUAGUGUAAGAUGGCUUUAGUAUAAUGUUGAAAGUUUGACAUCACAAUGAUUAUGUACGGUGUAAUUGAUAAGGCAAGAGGAAAGCGAAUUAACAGGUUAAUAUAGAUUUACUAACGCGAACUAACUACUAAAUGUAAGGAACUUCAUUCUUUGUAAAUAUAUACAUUUUAAGGAAAUGUUUACAACAUCAUUUUUAAGGGCGUACCUACAUUUAUUCGCAAUUAGAUAAAUUUAUUGAAUAUUUUACUAAAACUAACACUUGGUAAUGGUUAUCAUUAUUAUUAGCUCAGCUAACUGUUGUUGUGCAGUUUAUUAUAGUGUAACAAUAUAGCUAACAUUCAUUUUAUACAUAGUCAGAGCUCCCUACAAAUUAUGAACAUACGACUUUUAGAUGCGUAUAAAUGUAGAUAAACCCUUACCCGGUAACGGUUGGCGCGACAUGAAGAUGUAUUUUCACCUCUUCAAGGAUUAAGAUUGAUUGAGACGGUGCGAGAAGUUACGUGCAAGAUGCGAUACAGCCGUCGGUGAACGGUCACCCUUGACACUAGCCACACGGCCCCAGCACUUGUGUGAUAUAUGUCGUCUCAUCUCAAUCAAACUUUAGGCAAUAGAUUUAGAAGUUUCUUUAUUUUUAUUAUAUAAGAUUAGGCUAAAAAUUCUAAAGUUUGCGUAGUAUUCGAUUAGGUAUUGCGACGGAAAUCUUGUAUAUCAGUACAAAGAAUUUUAAAAAUUAUCAGAUAAUGUUUUCUAUCAUUGGACGUUUUUGCUUCACAUAAAAAUAUAUUUUGAUAUGAUCAGUGUUUAUUUUUAAUUAAGAUAUAUAAAGUGUGGUGUCGCGGUUUGUGGAAAAGUAAUCUGUCACACGUUUCAAAUUUAUUACGUUGAAGAAAUUUUAAAAAUGUCUUCGAUAGAGCUAUAUUAUUAUUUUGAAUACCCAUCUGGACCAAGCAAUUUAUUGUGAAAUCGUGAUUGUAAUAUGUACAGUCGAAAACCAAAUGUUAUAAAUUUAUCACUGCCUACUGUAAAAAGUAACAAUUGUCUCAUAGUUAAAUAAAUUAUAUUUACAGCUAUUAGAGAAUUUGUCAUGUUGUCCAUAACUAGUUGAUACACAGGUCUGUGAUGUAACAUGUUGUCUGUACUUACGCACAUAACUGGAGGAGUGACGUCACUGUACACAGAUUGUAACUUAUUGUACUCUACAUAUUGUUACGUGACUAUUGUAAGGUUAUACUCUUGCGGUGAGGUCCCUGUAUUUACUUUUUGUUAAAUUGUUUUCCAUUAUAUCCUUACGUUGUUAUCAAUAACUGAGCUCAUAUCGAGCGUGAGAGUGUGUGUGAACAUUAGAAAAUCUAAGACCUAAAUUUUAGGUGGUAUUUUUAAAUAGGUUAAUUUCUUGAAGAGAAAAGAAUAAGCUUAGAGUAUAAAUUAUUGUGUGUGCAUUUCUGUUCAUAACGUGUACCUACUGAGUGGAGCGAAUGUUUGCGACAUUGUCAUGGCACUCUGGUACAAUAGUUGUAAAACAUAAUUUUAGCGUUUUAUACAAAAAAGAUAUCAGUUCGAGAGUACUAUUGUAACAGAAAGUCCACAAAUUUAUAUGCAAUUUAAAAUAAAUAUAACGAUUUAAGAAAAAA